CUGUUGAGGUAGCUGAAUUAAUUACAUCUGAAUAGAACAUUGACCUAAAAGAUGUUGCAUUCUACACAGACAGUAAGGUGGUCUUAGGUUAUAUCUACAAUGAAACCAGAAGAUUCUAUGUAUAUGUUAACAACAGAGUGUUACGGAUUAGGAGAUCUGUCCAUCCAAAGCAGUGGCACUAUGUACCUACAGACCAGAACCCUGCUGAUCAUGCUACUAGAGCCGUUGCUGCUAAUCAUUUGAAUAACACUACGUGGUUUUCAGGACCAAAAUUCUUGUACAACCCAGAGCAAGCUACCGUGAAAGACUUUGAAUUAGUGGGUGCAGAGUUGGAUGUUGAAAUCCGCCCUCAGGUGUCUACACUCCCCACAACAACCUCAGAUAACCAACUCGGAUCUCAGAGAUUCAAACGAUUUUCAACCUGGAAGUCACUUGUUCGAGCUAUUACCUGUUUAACUCACAUAACUUGCUCAUUCAGUAGUAUGAGAACUUCUAGUCUAAAUGAAUGUAAAGGCUGGCAUCACUGUACAAAGGUCUAUGCAGUAUCAGACCUGGAACAUUCAAGAAAUCACAUUAUCUAUACUGUUCAACAAGAAGCCUACUCUAGAGAGAUCGAGAGCCUCACCAACAAGAGACCAUUACCUAAGGACAGUGUAUUGAGUAAGCUUGACCCAUUCAUUGAUAGCAAUGGCCUACUGAGAGUAGGAGGCCGACUUAAGGAAGCAAAGCUGGAGUACAAAGAGAAAAGCCCUCUUAUAAUCCCUGGUUAUUGCCAUAUUGCUGCUUUACUCGUGAACCAUUACCACAAUGAGGUCAGACAUCAAGGAAGACUAUUUACAGAAGGUGCUUUAAGAGUUGCUGGCCUAUGGAUUAUCGGUGCAAAAAGGCUCAUCAGCAGUAUCAUCUUUAAAUGUGUCACCUGUCGCAAACUUCGGGGUCUAAAUCAAACACAAAAGAUGGCUAAUCUACCAGCAGACAGGCUUGACACAGAACCUCCUUUCACCAAUGUUGGCCUUGAUGUUUUUGGACCUUGGUCAAUCACCACUGUACGUACUAGAGGCGGUCAGGCUAACAGUAAGCGAUGGGCAGUUCUAUUUACCUGUAUGUCUAUCAGAGCUAUUCAUAUAGAAGUUAUUGAGUCCCUAGACACCUCAAGCUUCAUUAAUGCUCUCAGGCGUUUUAUUGCUAUCCGAGGCCCUGUCAAACACAUUCGUUCAGACAGAGGUACUAACUUUGUUGGAGCAGCCAAAGAAUUAAAAAUUCUUUCAAAUGUGGACUACAAAAGUGUUGAAAAAUUCUUGAGUAACCAAAGUUGCAUAUGGACAUUCAACCCACCGCACUCUUCUCAUAUGGGAGGAUCCUGGGAAAGAAUGAUCGGCAUAGUUCGAAGAAUUCUUGACUCUAUUUUUCUACAGAUGGGCACAACAAGACUCACCCAUGAAAGUCUAAUUACCUUUAUGGCAGAAAUUGUAGCUAUAGUAAAUGCAAGACCUCUCACCCCAGUCCCUAGUGAUCCAGAGGAACCUCUCUUAUUAACUCCUGCCACUUUGCUUACUCAAAAAACAGGGACAUUCAAUGCUCCUCCAGGAGAAUUCGAUUCCAAAGAUUUGUAUAAACGUCAAUGGAGACAAGUGCAAAGCCUUGCAAAUACCUUCUGGGACAGAUGGCGUAAACAAUAUUUAUCUACAUUGCAACCACGGAACAAAUGGCAAAUCACCAAACCUAACCUAAAAGAUGGUGACAUUGUUCUUGUAAAAGACUGUCAAGUUCAAAGAAACCAUUGGCCUCUUGGCUUAGUCACCAAAAUAUUCCCUAGUGAAGAUGGACAUGUUCGCAAAGUAGAAGUGAAGAUAGCAAAAGGAAGUGAAUCCAAGUUGUUUCUCAGACCAAUAUCUGAACUAAUUUUGCUUCUAUCUUCUGAAGACUAAAUUGGUGGCAUCCACGGAUACCAAGCGGGGAGUGUCAUGCCUCCAGCAUCUUUAUGUACUGUAAAGUGAGCCUGAUUACACAGGCACUCCAUCUAGUGGCUGACUUUGCCUUUCAGUGAUUUGUCCCUCUGCUCCUUCCAUCCCUCCUCAGUGAAGUGAAGCAUCUUGGGAGGAAGAACUCCAUUACAGACUGUGCUAAGAAGAGAGAGACUACAUACUCCAUUGCCCCAUGUGGCAGCAUCGCUGUUUCACCGCGUGCUUAUUACCUAUGACUCAAUAAAUCUACAGACUUCACCAUACAGUCUUGGCUAUUGAAGAAUAGGGCGGUUUAUCUGCAUGUCAGACUACACACACCACAGGGUGACUGAUCUUGAA